AAAUUUUCAGUUUGUUUGCCCUAAAGUGGUGAGUUUUCUUUCUUCUGUUGUUCUGUGCCUCAAUAUUAUCGUUUUAGCAGAUUGAUCGUGCUAAAAGUCCAUAAGAAAAUGCUGUCGCGGUGCCACAUUCACGCCAGAAACUCUUCUGUGCUCUACUCUCGUGUAUUCCGAGACCUCAACGCAAGAGUCCUUUCAGCGAGGAAUUACCACAUCCUGUCGCCUCAGAAGCAAAGGAGAGACCCUCUAGGAUGUGAGACAACUCUCCCUGUCGUCGGACUGAGUUUCAUCCGGCACGCGAGUACUGGAAAAGUAACAACAGUCGCUGAUGUAAUGCCGGACAUCCCAACAAUAGCAGCUAUUCCUGAACCGCCGGCGAUUCCGGAGGCUGCUGCUCCGACUACCGUGGAGACACUGGUACAGGGCGCCGAGCCGGCUUUCUCCACACUCGGUCUGGGCGGCUGGAGUCCCGUGGGAAUACUGCAGCAGUGCAUGGAGUAUCUGCACAUCGGUUUGGAUCUUCCCUGGUGGGGAGUGAUAGCCAUUGGCACGGUGACCGUGCGAACUCUGCUCUUCCCACUGGUGCUCGUGGCACAGCGCAAUGCCGCGAAGAUGAACAACCACAUGCCACAGAUGCAGGUGCUGCAGAUGAAGAUGACCGAAGCGCGCCAGAGUGGAAAUCAGAUGGACUCCGCUCGCUACGGGCAGGAAUUGAUGAUGUUCAUGAAGGAGAAGCAGAUGAAUCCCAUCAAGAAUAUGGUGGUGCCGCUGGCUCAGGCGCCGCUCUUCAUCUCCUUCUUCAUGGGCCUCCGCGCCAUGGCGAACACACCAGUGGAGUCCAUGAAGGAGGGCGGCAUCUUCUGGUUCACAGAUCUCACAGUUUGUGACCCAUACUACAUAAUGCCCAUCAUCACCAGCGCCACGAUGGCUCUGACCAUUGAACUGGGCACUGACAGUGCGAGGAUGAGCUCGCAGAACAUGCAGACAAUGCGAUAUGUCUUGAGAGCUCUGCCGCUGAUCAUAAUUCCCUUCACACUCAAGUUCCCAGCCGCCAUCCUGACUUACUGGUGCUGCUCCAACUUCAUAUCACUGGUGCAGGUGGGAGUCCUGAAGAUUCCCAAAGUGCGGAAGUACUUCAACAUCGAUCCGCUGGUCACACAUCAGCCGGACGCCUUGCCCAUGAAGAAGAAGGGCUUCACUGAGGGCAUCAGAGAAUCCUGGACCAACAUGAAGAUCACGAAGGAGCUGGAAGAUCGCCGGAGAGUGGAUGAGAUCAGCUUCCAUCGGGCUGGCCAGGGGCCCGUCAUCAAGACCUACAAAUACGACCCCACGAAACCCCGGCCACAGAAUGCAGUGGCGGCCAAGAAGCGAUAG